AAAAGGAAGGGGGCGGGGACUUGAAAGUGAAAGCAAACGGGUCCGUACUGGGAGCGCUGGUGUGGACUGCGUGCUGAGGCUCCAGACUGGGACUGGGGGAGCUGUACUGGGAGCACACUGGUCCAUACUGGUUCCGCACCAUGGCUCUGCCGCCCACCCUGGCCACAGCCUCAUCGCUGCUGCUGCUGCUGCUCCUGGACGCGGUGCUGGUGACCGCGGUGACCGUGGUGGCCCCGGUGCUGCCACCGUGGCCACUGGUGACUGCGUGGCUGGAGGCCGGGCUACGGGUGCUGGCGAUGACCGCGGCCACGCGGGCCCUGUCCCUGCGGUGUCCCCGCGGUGCCGCCGUCACCAUCAGUCUCACCCCAGCCGCCUUCAGCACCCUCCAGAGCCUCCUGGGGCCACCGGGCCCAGCGCUGCCUCUCUUAGCCAUGGCCAACCCGUGGUGGCUGGUGGCGACCCACGGCGCGGCCGCGGUGGCCGCGGUGGCCUGGGACAUGCUGAUGCCAGGGGGUUCCGACGCAGCCCAGGCCGCGGUGGCCGUGCGGCAGCUCUUGGCCUUGGCGAGGGAUGAAUGGCAGCUGUUUGGUUGUGCCUUCGUGGCCUUGGCGUUGGCCGUGUUGGGGGAGGUGGCUGGGCCCUACUGCACCGGGAAGGCUUUGGAGGCCAUCAGGAGCGGGGAUGGAAUCACUGGCGUCGCGCUCGGCAUGGUGCUGGCGGCGGAGCUGGGCAGCUCCUUCUUUGCCGGCUGCCGUGGUGGCCUCUUCCUCUUGGCCCAAGCCCGCCUCAAGCUGUCAACUUCUACCCAGCUCUUCUCCCACCUGCUCCACCGGGACCUCACCUUCUUCCAGGAGACUCCAGCAGCCAAGCUCUGUGCCCAGUUAUCCAACGAGGUGCCGCUGCUGUGCGGGGCCGUGCCCAAGAGCUCCAACGUGGCCUUGAGGAGCCUGGGCCUGGUCUUGGGCUUGGGGGGCUUCAUGGUGCUGCUGUCACCUGAGCUGGCGCUGCUGGCGGCGCUGACGGUGCCCCUCACCAUCGUCACCAGGAAGGUCUAUGAUGAGCGCUACCAGGCGCUGCAGCGUGCGGUGCUGGAUGCCACGGCCGCCACGGCCGCGGUGGUGCAGGACACGGUGGCUGCCAUGGACACGGUUCGGGCCUGCGCCGGGGAGGAGGAGGAGGAGCAGCGGCACUGCAGGGCCGUGACCGAGCUACUGAGGCUGAAGCAGCGCCUGGAGCUGGAGCGGAUUCUCUACAUCCUGGUCCAGCGGGUGCUGCUCCUGGCGCUGCAGGUCCUGGUGCUGUUCCAAGGGUACCAGCUGCUCCGGGACGGCUCCUGCACCGCCGGGGAUCUCAGCACCUUCCUGCUCUACCAGGCCAGGUUCAGGGACCAUGUGGAGGCUCUGCUCAGCGGCCACGGCGAACUCCUGGCCAAAGCCACCGCCAGCCGCCGCCUCUUGGCCAACCUCCACCACAUCCCCACCGGUGGCACCGGUGGCACCCAGCGCCCGGCCACCCUCCGCGGCCACGUCGCCUUCCACCGCGUCACCUUCGCCUACCCCACGCGCCCCGAGUGUCUCGUCCUGCAGGACGUCACCUUCGAGGUGCUCCCCGGCGAGGUGACGGCGCUGGUGGGAGCCAACCGCAGCGGGAAGAGCUCUUGCGCGGCGCUGCUCAAGAGGUUCUAUGAGCCCCAGAGCGGGGAGGUGCUGCUGGACGGGGUCCCCUUGAGGGACUACGAGCACCGGUACCUGCACCAGGAGGUGGUGCUGGUGGAGCAGGAGCCCAUCCUCUUCUCCGGAACCAUCCGAGACAACAUCACCCUGGGGCUGGAAGGCGCCGGGGAGCACGAGGUGAAGGCGGCCGCCGCGUUGGCCGGAGCCUGGAGCUUCAUCACGGACCUGGAGCAGGGGCUGGACACCGAUGUGGGGCACAAAGGGGCACAGCUCUCAGCGGGGCAGAGGCAGCGCGUGGCCAUAGCCCGGGCUCUGCUGCGCCGACCGACCGUCCUCAUCCUCGAUGAGCCCACCAGCGCCCUGGAGGGCGGUGAGGAGCUGGAGCCAUGGCGCUGGGUGCAGCUGGGGGUCACCAGGACGUUGCUGCUCAUCACCCACUGCCCACGGCUCCUGGCCGGGGCCGACCGCGCCGUGGGGCUGGGCCCUGCCAUGGGGCCAAUCCCUGGGGAAGUGAGGACACGGAGCCGGGUCCCUGCUAUGGGGUGGUGA